CUUGAUUUAUGUAUUGUUUGUUUUCUGCAUUCUCGCUUUAGUUCACCUCAUUUGGUGCAAGUGAGAGAGCGAAUCCGAAUCAACGGGCAGCCGAUAGGAAAAGAGCUCUUCACCAAAUACUUCUGGCAGGUGUACGGACGACUGGAGGAGACCAAGGAUGCCAGUGGCGGCAGCAUGCCUGCUUAUUUUCGCUUUCUCACCAUCUUGGCCUUUCAUGUCUUUCUGCAGGAAAAGGUUGAUUCGGCCGUCAUUGAGGUUGGGAUCGGUGGAGCUUAUGACUGCACCAAUAUUAUCAGGUAUCACAGCACUAUUCGGCCUUGAGAAUCAGAGAUUUUACUGUCUGCCUCCCGUCUGCUUCAGUGUAGCGUGUCUAAUACUCUCUUUGUGCCACAUUAUUCUAGUGUGACAUCCAUUUAAUCUCCAUUCAUCUGGCUUUUCAUAAUUCAAGCGUGACACAUUCCUCUCAUAUCAGCCAAUCGUUGUUCAGCAUUCUUUAGUUGAUUCUAUCAGUCAUGAUCCUGACUGACCACAUGAACCAAUCAAUGGUCAUGAAAAUCAAGAAAUCACUCUGCAUUUUAAAUGAUCUUAUUCUCAAUAAGAGCCAAUAAUGACAACUUAUCUUUAUUCAAAAACACAUUCGCUUUAGGUACACACA